AUGAAAUCAAUGACAGGGGAGAAAGGAACCACAUCUGCCAAACUGGCUAGUUUCCUGUUGGCAUACAGGAAUGCUCCUCACUCUACGACUGGACAGUCCCCCGCUACACUGUUCAUGGGACGCAACCUUCGUUCGCGAUUGGACAUUCUGAAACCCAACAUUCGCAACCAUGUUAGCAGUAAGCAGGUGGAUCAAGCAACAUCUCACAAGUCUGCUAGUGUGACCCGAGAGUUUCACAUUGGCCAGACAGUCUCUGUUCGCGACUACCGCGGUAAGCAGAAAUGGAUCCCAGGAGUCAUACAUGCGCGAUCUGGUCCACUGUCCUACCAAGUUUGUGUUGGGCCAAACAUGAUUUGGUGCCGACAUGUUGACCAACUCAUCGACUCUGACACCGGAAAACCACCUGAUCUGAACACACCACAUGAUGCAGUCCCAGAGAUACUUCAACCAGACCCAGUCAUCCCUGCAUCAUUAACCGCUACGCCAGAACAAGCAGUGCCUAGCGAAACACUCACUCCAGCAGAACCACCCUUGCCAGCAAGCCCAAAAGUAGUGGAACGCCGCUACCCAUCUCGCAAUCGCAAACCCCCAGAUAAACUCAAUCUGUGA